CCACCACGUCCUUUCUGCCAGUUUUCUUCUGUCCUCCUCAGCUCUGCUUUGUUUCCGCCGCUCUGCUGGACCGCAGAUUUUCUUCAGUUCUUUCUGCUUCUGUAUUUGGGAUUAGGAGCAGAAAAUGACCUAUUUUAAUAAAGGACCUGCCUACGGCUUGUCUGCUGAAGUUAAAAGCAAAAUUGCUCAAAAAUAUGACCCCCAGAAGGAGGAGGAGCUGCGCUUCUGGAUCGAGGAUGUAACAGGGAUGGCUAUAGGAGAAAACUUCCAGCAAGGUUUGAAGGAUGGAGUCAUCCUUUGCGAAUUAAUAAAUAAGAUGCAGCCUGGCACAGUUAAGAAAAUUAACCACUCCCAGCUGAACUGGCACAAGCUUGAAAACCUUGGGAAUUUCAUCAAAGCAAUCCUGACCUACGGCCUAAAGCCUACUGAUAUCUUUGAGGCCAAUGACCUGUUUGAAAAUGGAAACAUGACUCAAGUACAGACCACACUGCUUGCACUGGCCAGCAUGGCAAAGACAAAAGGCAUGGACACAAAGAUUGAUAUCGGGGUGAAAUAUGCAGACAAACAAGCACGGCAGUUUGAUGAAGAGAAGAUCAAGGCUGGGCAGUGUGUCAUUGGGCUCCAGAUGGGAACAAACAAGUGUGCCAGUCAGGCUGGAAUGACAGCGUAUGGAACCAGAAGACAUCUGUAUGACCCAAAGACCCACACUGAUAAACCGUAUGACCAGACCACCAUCAGUCUGCAGAUGGGCACCAACAAAGGAGCCAGCCAGGCAGGCAUGUCGGCUCCUGGUACCCGCAGAGACAUCUUUGAUCAGAAGGUGGCGCUGCAGCCACUUGACAACUCCACCAUCUCCCUCCAGAUGGGUACCAACAAGGUGGCAUCUCAGAGGGGCAUGAGCGUGUACGGUCUGGGCCGGCAAGUUUAUGACCCCAAGUACUGCGCCCCUCCAACAGAACCAGUGAUUCACAAGAAUGGCAGCCAGGGCACCGGUACAAAUGGCUCAGAAAUCAGUGACAGUGAUUAUCAGGUUGAAUUUCAGGAAGAGGAAUACCACACAGGUUACCAUGACGACUACAACUCCCACUAUAAUGACCCCAACAUUGACUAUUAGUACAGAGAUUUAGGUGUAAAGCAGUAUUAUUUUAUCCCACAUAACAAAGCAGAUCUUUUGCUUCAAGACUUUUUUGAACUCUUGAAGCAAAGAAGAAAUGUUUUGUCUUCCUUCCUGAACUAGAUGCUGAGCAGCAGAAGUAACUAUUAAGUAAUGACAAAUAGACAUAGUUAUGUGAAAAGUAAUCUUUUGAAGGAUGUUUUAUUGUUGUAACUCUGAUGUAUGGACCAUUUAUAUGAAGUGAAUUUGUUAAUGUCCUGUAUUUAUUUUCAGGAUGAAAGCUGAUCCAUAUAGUAUAUAUUGUUAAAUCUUUUGUUUGCCAUUAGUUCAUCUCUGCUGCUGCUGAAGUUACAUUCCAACGAUGGUUAUUCAAAAACACAGGAUUGUUAUUCCUCAGUAAUAAGCACCCGAAUGCUAAUAAUUAUGGGAUGGUUAAUAUUUUACAGCCAGACAUUAUUUUGCAUUGUAUUAUGUUUCUAUCUUUUUCUUAUAGGACCAAAUUGUGUUUAUUAUAGUGACUCUUUAUAAUUAAUGUUUCAUGGUCAAGAAUUCAAAUAUCUUUCAAUAAAGUUUUUAAUUGUUUUAA